CGGUGGGGCCUUAAAUCACGUGUAUAAAAACACGGCAUUUAUUUACCUUUGGCUGCGACAAAAAAAUCAGUCGGAGCUUGUCCUGACGCCCAGGCUCGCGCUGUAAUCCAUCUAUCCAUCCGCGGGUACGUGGUAAUAGCUUGCGUGCAUGCAUAAGUUUCCUUUUUUUUCGUUUCGUUCUAAUCAAUAUUUGGCAGACUUGGUCAUUUAAUUUUAAUUGUUCGUAAGACAGAAGUGGGCCUAAACAAAAGCCUGGCCCUUGUAAGACAACAACAACAACACCACAGGGAGCAUUACAAGACCAACAAACAUACCCAGUUUUGCCGCCUGACACGACACACACUGCGUAUAGACAAUGAUAAUGGCUAAAACCGAUAAGGAUAUUCUGGCCAACUCCAUGUAUGAGGAUGACCCCAAUGGUAAUUCAGCGCCCGCCACCACCAAAGACCAGGAAUCGACCCGACCAGAGGCACUUAAGGCAACCACCGAUGUUUCUCCACGCUGGGGACCACAAAAUAAGGGUGCCCAAGAACUGGCCUCGUUGUACAGUCCAGGAAAACGGGCUCAGGAACUCAUUUGCGUGUACACCUGUAUCGGCUUAAUGAUUAUAAACUUGGCUUUAAUAGUGAGGCAUAUGCGUUUGGAGCGAAUAAGUGUGGCCUUUAUAUCAGCUUUAUGUGGAAUUAUAACAGCUGACUUUGCCUCUGGAAUGGUUCAUUGGGCAGCGGAUACAUGGGGAUCGGUGGACUUGCCACUGAUUGGAAAGAAUUUUCUGAGGCCAUUUCGAGAGCAUCAUCUGGAUCCAACAUCAAUAACUCGUCACGAUUUUAUUGAAACGAAUGGGGACAACUUUAUGGUUGGCAUACCCAUCCUUGGGUAUUUGGCGCACUAUUUCUACAUUAGAUCGCCAAGCGAGAUACAGCAGCAUUUCGGUUGGAUAUCCUAUGUAUUCCUGUGCUCCAUAUUUGUGGUGAUGACCAAUCAGAUUCACAAAUGGUCGCACACUUACUGGGGCCUACCCAGGUGGGUGCUGUUAUUGCAGAGCUGUCACAUAAUCCUGCCUCGCAAACAUCACCGCAUUCAUCAUGUGGCGCCGCAUGAGACGUACUUUUGCAUCACAACCGGAUGGCUUAAUUGGCCACUCGAACGCAUUAGAUUCUGGUCAACAUUUGAGCAUAUCAUCGAGCACUGUACGGGUCUUAAGCCUCGAGAUGACGACAUGAAAUGGGCAAAGAAACUCACAUAGGUUUGCUAACCAGCGACUGUAUAUAGAAACCUUGGACCAAGCUGACUUGACCUGACAGAAGUCAACUUCAAAUGUUAUCAUCCUAUUGACAUGUUUUGCACAACAAAGUAGCUUUACAUGAGAGCAAAGCGGUUUAUUUAUUUUUUAAGUUAAACAAAUCAAAGUUAGUUGCAAGAGCAAAGAAUUUUGUAUUAAUUGUUAUAAAUAGUUGAUUAUUUUAGCUUAA